AUGGUAGAAAACGAAUCUAACUCUGAGAAGGGACAUAUUACAGAGCAGCCAAUUACCCUUCACAAUUGGUAUCAUCAUGUCAACUGGCUUAGCACGACGCUCAUCCUAAUUGUCCCCAUCUUUGGGUGCAUCGCCAUACCUUUUACCCCAUUGAAGCUACCCACGGCUAUCUGGGCUAUCAUUUACUAUUUCUGGACAGGGUUGGGUAUUACUGCUGGAUAUCAUAGACUCUGGUCUCAUCGAUCAUAUGAAGCUGGUCUACCCCUCCGUGUCUUCCUCGCCUGUGCUGGUGGCGGCUCCGUGCAAGGCUCUAUUCGAUUUUGGAGUGCCAAGCACCGAGCUCACCAUCGAUGGACGGAUACUGUCAAAGAUCCAUAUAGCGUUCGGAAAGGAUUGAUCUAUUCCCAUCUCAUGUGGAUGGUUCUGAAACAGAACCCGAAAGAGAAGGGCCGAACAGAUAUCUCUGAUUUGAACCAUGAUCCAGUUGUUGUAUGGCAGCACAAGAACUAUGUCUCUUUUAUUUUGGUAUUCGGGAUCCUAUUCCCAAUGCUCGUUGCCGGUUUUGGAUGGGGUGAUUGGAAGGGCGGCCUGUUGUAUUCGGGCGUUCUGAGAUUUUUCUUCGUUCAACAGGCAACAUUCUGUGUUAAUUCUUUGGCGCAUUGGCUGGGGGAUCAGCCCUUUGAUGACAGAAACUCGCCCCGUGACCAUGUUAUUACUGCCCUUGUCACCUUGGGUGAGGGUUAUCAUAACUUCCACCAUGAGUUCCCCUCUGACUAUCGCAACGCCAUCCAGUGGUGGCAGUAUGAUCCAACUAAGUGGUCGAUCUGGGUGUGGAAACAACUAGGCCUAGCCUCCAACCUAAAACAGUUCCGGGCCAACGAAAUCGAGAAAGGACGUGUGCAGCAGCUACAAAAGAAGGUCGACCAAAAGCGAGCUCGCCUAGAUUGGGGCACUCCUCUAGAGGAGCUUCCAGUCAUCUCUUGGGACGAUUUCGUCUCUGACGCUCAAUCUGGAAAAGCGCUCAUCGCUAUUGCGGGCGUGAUCCAUGAUGUGACUAGAUUUAUUAAGGAUCACCCUGGUGGCAGGACUUUGAUCAGCUCUGGAAUAGGCAAGGAUGCCACAGCUCUAUUUAAUGGAGGUGUUUAUAACCACUCCAAUGCCGCGCAUAAUCUUCUUUCCAGCAUGCGUGUCGGCGUGAUUCGAGGCGGAGGCGAGGUCGAAAUCUGGAGGGGGAGAGGAAUGAAGAGGCAAGAUGUUACUGAUGUUUGA